AUAAGAUAGCUUUCGUAAUAGACGGCUCGCUCACUGCUGUUUUGUUUUCGUAGCGUGAACGCGAAGUAGUUUCUGUAAAUAGUUAUGCGAAACGUGUUUUAUUUUUAUUGUAUCAUAAAACAGGACAUUUGAGUGUGUGGAAGAGAUAACUCUGCAUAUUUAUGCGACUUAUUUGAAGUUGAAUUUUCAGUUAACAUAGGUGUUUGAAUAGAAGCUUGAACAAAAAUUAUAUUCCUAGAAAUGAUGCAUCAAAAUAAACUCGAAAGUGGACCCCAAAGUCAAAAUUUAGAAAUAGAAAGCAGUAGGAUUUAAAUGUUGAACUUUUAAUGUGACAUAACCUCAUUCAGCUAUUCGCGUUAAAAAUGAAGUUUAUUUCAAUCCAGGAUCUCAUUACUCCGUAAUUUUUUCAUUCGACUGCACGAGUAGGUAUAGGGAAUGAGCGAAUACGAACGGAUAAGGAGAGCAUGCCUGAAACGAGGAGAACUUUGGGAGGACCCGGACUUUCCCGCCACCCAAUCUUCAGUGUUUUACCACCAGACCCCGCCUUUUCAGUUCACAUGGAAAAGACCUAGAGACUUGUGUGCGAGACCAGGUUUCGUGCAAGAUGGGCCAGCGUCUUUUGAUAUAAGUCCAGGAAAGAUGGGCGAUAGAUGGUUGGUUUCCUGUCUGGGCGUGUUGUACCUGAACAAAGGUCUGUUUUAUAGAGUGGUACCUGCGGACCAAUCGUUCCUAGGCGAACAGUACUCGGGAGUAUUUAGAUUUCGGCUUUGGUGGUGCGGAGAAUGGACCGAAGUUUUGGUAGACGACCGACUCCCCACGGUACAUGGAAAACUCGCAUUUCUUCAGUCUCAGAACUCGGACCACUUCUGGCCUGGACUUCUAGAAAAAGCUUAUGCGAAAUUGCACGGCUCCUACGAGGCACUCAAAUACGGCUCCAUGCUGGACGGCCUCGCGGACUUGACAGGCGGCAUCACCGAAAGCAUCCCCAUCCGGCAAGACGCCCCCUCGUGCGCCCGCCUCCUUCAUAAACUCUUGGACAUGACCUCGAUAGUCACCUGUACCGUUCAAAACCCGAACCAAGUUAGAUCUCACACGGAAAAACUGGCGAACGGCGUCCAAGUUGGAAUCAAUUAUAGGCUGUACGCCUUGGAGAGGGUAGACACAUUCAGUGGCGAAGGGGUACAACUAUUGAAAGUGCGGAACCCCUUGGGACAGCCCUCCGAAUACAUAGGUUCGUGGUACGCCGAUUGUCCUGAAUACUCGGAAAUUCCUCCGCCGGAGCUCGAGCGGCUUCAAGGCAAACUUCAGGAGGGGGAAUUCUGGAUGCCCUUUCCACACUUCACGAAAACCUUCACCCACUUGGAGGUCGUGCACCUGGACAGCGACACCAGCAGAGACGAGCCCAGCUUGCACAACAAGAACACCUGGCAAAUGAGGUUGUAUCAAGGAAUAUGGCAGAGGGGAGUGACGGCGGGAGGAUGCAGGAACAAUCCCGAUACGUUCCACAUCAACCCGCAGCUCCAUCUACUGCUCAGCGAGAUGGAGGAGGUGGUUGUGUCUUUGAACCAGCACAGCAUCAUGGAGCCGAAAGUAAUCGGAUUAACUGCUUACUCGUUAGCAAAGAGUAGCAACGAAACUAUAGGAAGAGCCUUCUUCAAAAAAAACAAGUCCCUGUUCAACUCUCAGUACACCAACAGCCGGCAAGUGAGUCACAGGUGCCAACUGGAGCAGGGUGGUUACUUGAUCAUACCAACUACCUUCGAACCUGGCCAGGAAUCCGGCUUCACGCUCAGGGUAUACUCCGGCAAACCGCUGAAGUUGAAACUAUUGGACACGGCCCCUCAGUCACUGAAGUCGGCCAUCGUGAAGGCGCCGCCUCUGUUGGACGGGAAAAGUUUCAGCCAGUACGAGGCGGUUUUCUUGCAGCUAGCCGAUGAGCACAGGACGGUGAACGCCUUUGAACUUCAGGAGCUGUUGGAUGCGUGCCUCCCCAACGAUUAUAUCAAGAGCUGUGCGUCAAUAGAAGUCUGCAGGCAGAUCAUCUUGACGUUCGAAACUUCCGGAAGUGGCCGCCUCAAAUUCAGCGACUUCAAAGACUUAAUGUGCAGUCUGAAAUUCUGGCAGACCGCCUUCAAAAACCACACCAAGGAGAAAACGGGAAUACUUAAGGCUGAGAGGUUGAGAGACGCUCUUAUCGAAGUGGGAUUUCAGCUCGGCAGCGAAGUUCUGGCAACGCUAAUCCUUCGGUACAUGAGGAAAGACGGGACCCUCCGAUUCGGAGACUUCGUUUCAGCCAUAUUACAUUUAACCGUAUCAUUUAGUGUUUUCGAAUUGAAGGACCCCUUACAAAAUGGCAGUAUAAAACUCAGCUUAUCAGAAUGGCUCAAAUCGUCUCUCACUUGUUGAAUAUUUAGAUAUAAAUGAAUUGUAAAUAAUUGUGUGUAAAUAUAAUUGAUAGUUGUUUUAUAUUUGAAUGUAAAUAUACAAAAUGAAUUUUUUAAA